AUGCCUAACGUAGGCCUAAAGGAAAAGUCCAAGCGGACGACCACCCGGUCUCCGUUCGAGAACACUACGGCCAAUCUCCGCCCAGAGGACUCAGAUGUCGAGAUGGACGACGAAACGAGCUCGGAUGAGGACGAUGUCCCCGAGAAAGACGAAGCGGAGAAGAAGCUAGAGCGUAUGCUUUUUGGCGACGAUGAGGGGUUCAUGGGCGCAUUGAAGGACCAGCAGGCUCGCGAGGCCGGUAUGGCUCUUACUCUGCACAGUGAUGACGAUAGUGAUGAUGGCGAAGAUGCCGAGAAAGGCGAGGGCCAAGAUUUGGCUGCUCUAGCUGAUUCAGACCUUUUCUUCCUUGACUCCGGUGCACCCCCCACCACUGAUUUCAUCCCAUCGCCGGAAGCCCCGUCGGACGCUGAGGACGACGACGAAGAAGAAGAGGACGAACCCGCAGUAUGGUACGACAGCGACGAUGAGCGCCUCGCUGUGUCGUUAGCAAGCCAAGCCAGGCUGCGCAAACUGCGCAACACCGAAGCCGAAGAUGUAGUCAGCGGCAAGGAAUACGUCCGACGACUGCGCAGACAGUUCACACGCCUGCACCCGACACCAGAGUGGGCCACGCCUGAGCUCAAACGCCGCAAGACGGACUCGGACUCGGACGCAGACAGCGAGGCGAUCGACUCGGAUGACGAGAACGAGAACCUCUCCAUGCAGCCUCUAGCCAAGCUCCUCCAAAAUGCUUCCGACCUAACGCGCAUAGAAGACAACGCGCGCUCCGGCGGAAAGCGCAAGCUGCGCCAGGAAGUCAUCGACAUCCAAAGACUGAAGGACAUCGGCAAAUCCCAACCCUCCUCCGUCGACUCCCUGAACUUCCACCCACACUACCCGCUCCUGCUCUCUUCCGGACCAGCCUCCACCCUUUUCCUGCAUCACAUCUCUCCCUCCGCCCCCGCUCCCAACCCCCUCCUCACCUCCCUGCACAUCAAGCGCACACCAAUUCACACGUCUGCCUUCGCCGCACCCACAGGCAACAAAAUCUUCGCCUCUGGCCGCCGGCGCUACUUCCACAUCUGGGACCUGGACACCGGCAAAGUCGACAAGGUCAAUGGCUCAUCCGACCGCAAGGAAGAACAAAAAUCCAUGGAGCGCUUCAAGCUCUCACCAUGCGGCCGCUUCGUCGGCCUGGUUGGCACAGCCCGCAAGGGCGGCGGUCUGAUCAACGUCCUGGACGCCAACACCGCCCAGUGGAUCGCACAGGUGCGUGUGGACGGCCGCGGCGGUGUCGCAGACUUCGCCUGGUGGUCUGAUGGCGAGGGUAUGACAGUCGUGUCGAAGAAUGGUGAGGUCUCUGAGUGGGAUGGCCGCGUAGGCCGUGUUGUGGCGCGCUGGGUCGAUGCCGGUGCUGUCGGUACGACCGUUCUCAGCCUUGGUGGUCGCUCUGGCCGGACUCAGCUUGGUGGAGAUCGUUGGGUCGCGAUUGGUUCUUCGAGUGGUAUUGUUAACGUUUAUGAUCGUCGCGAGUGGGCGGCUGCAUAUGCGAAUGCUUCUGCUGCUGAGAAGGAUUCCCCGGCUCAGUCUGGUAUCCCGCGCAACCCUGACCCCGUGCGUGUGCUCGAUCAGCUCACUACCCCCAUUAGCCAUUUGGUCUUUGCGCCUGAUGGGCAGAUGAUGGUUAUGGCGAGUCGGUGGAAGCGUGAUGCUUUGCGUCUUGUUCACCUUCCUACCUGCACGGUAUACCGUAACUGGCCUACUUCCAACACGCCAUUGGGUCGUAUUUCCUCGGUGGCUAUCUCACCGAACUCUGAGCAGUUGGCUGUUGGUAAUGAGCAAGGUGGCAUCCGACUCUGGGAGAUUCGGGGAUAG